AUGGUGCAGAAGUCGCGCAACGGCGGCGUGUACCCCGGCCCGAGCGGGGAGAAGAAGCUCAAGGUGGGCUUCGUGGGGCUGGACCCCGGCGCGCCCGACUCCACCCGGGACGGCGCGCUGCUCAUCGCCGGCUCCGAGGCCCCCAAGCGCGGCAGCAUCCUCAGCAAGCCGCGCGCGGGCGGCGCGGGUGCCGGGAAGCCCCCGAAGCGCAACGCCUUCUACCGCAAGCUGCAGAAUUUCCUCUACAACGUGCUGGAGCGGCCGCGCGGCUGGGCCUUCAUCUACCACGCCUACGUGUUCCUGCUGGUCUUCUCCUGCCUGGUGCUCUCUGUGUUCUCCACCAUCAAGGAGUACGAGAAGAGCUCGGAGGGCGCGCUCUACAUCCUGGAGAUCGUGACCAUCGUGGUGUUCGGCGUGGAGUACUUCGUGCGCAUCUGGGCCGCCGGCUGCUGCUGCCGCUACCGCGGCUGGAGGGGGCGGCUCAAGUUCGCCCGGAAGCCCUUCUGUGUGAUUGACAUCAUGGUGCUGAUCGCGUCCAUCGCGGUGCUGGCCGCCGGCUCCCAGGGCAAUGUCUUCGCCACGUCUGCGCUCCGCAGCCUGCGCUUCCUGCAGAUCCUCCGGAUGAUCCGCAUGGACCGGCGCGGCGGCACCUGGAAGCUCCUGGGCUCCGUGGUCUAUGCCCACAGCAAGGAGCUGGUCACCGCCUGGUACAUCGGCUUCCUGUGCCUCAUCCUGGCCUCCUUCCUGGUGUACCUGGCGGAGAAGGGCGAGAACGACCACUUCGACACCUACGCAGACGCGCUCUGGUGGGGCCUGAUCACCCUGACGACCAUCGGCUACGGCGACAAGUACCCCCAGACCUGGAACGGGCGGCUCCUGGCGGCCACCUUCACCCUCAUCGGGGUCUCCUUCUUCGCGCUUCCCGCCGGCAUUUUGGGGUCCGGCUUCGCCCUGAAGGUCCAGGAGCAGCACCGACAGAAGCACUUCGAGAAGCGGCGGAACCCGGCCGCAGGCCUGAUCCAGUCGGCCUGGAGGUUCUACGCCACCAACCUGUCGCGCACGGACCUGCACUCGACGUGGCAGUACUACGAGCGGACGGUGACCGUGCCCAUGUACAGCUCGCAAGCUCAAACCUACGGGGCCUCCAGGCUCAUCCCACCGCUGAACCAGCUGGAGCUGCUGCGGAACCUCAAGAGCAAAUCCGGGCUCACGUUCAGGAAGGAGCCGCAGCCGGAGCCGUCUCCCAGUCAGAAGGUCAGUUUGAAAGACCGUGUCUUCUCCAGCCCCCGUGGUGUGGCCGCCAAGGGGAAGGGGUCCCCGCAGGCGCAGCCGACUGUCAGGCGGUCGCCCAGCGCCGACCAGAGCCUGGAGGACAGCCCCGGCAAGGUGCCCAAGAGCUGGAGCUUCGGGGACCGCAGCCGCGCGCGGCAGGCCUUCCGGGGCAAGGGCGCUGCCUCCCGGCAGAACUCGGAAGAAGCAAGUCUCCCCGGGGAGGACAUUGUGGACGACAACAAGAGCUGCACCUGCGAGUUCGUGACCGAGGACCUGACCCCGGGCCUCAAAGUCAGCAUCCGGGCCGUGUGUGUCAUGAGGUUCCUGGUGUCCAAGCGGAAGUUCAAGGAGAGCCUGCGGCCCUACGACGUGAUGGACGUCAUCGAGCAGUACUCGGCCGGCCACCUGGACAUGCUGUCCCGCAUCAAGAACCUGCAGUCCAGGAUAGAUAUGAUUGUGGGCCCCCCACCCCCUUCAACUCCCCGGCACAAGAAGUACCCCACCAAAGGACCCACGGCCCCUCCGAGAGAGUCGCCCCAGUACUCACCUAGAGUGGACCAGAUCGUGGGGCGGGGCCCGGCCAUGACGGACAAGGACCGCACCAAGGGCCCUGCGGAGGCGGAGCUGCCCGAGGACCCCAGCAUGAUGGGCCGGCUGGGCAAGGUGGAGAAGCAGGUCCUGUCGAUGGAGAAGAAGCUGGACUUCCUGGUCAGCAUCUACACCCAGCGCAUGGGGAUCCCGCCGUCGGAGACCGAGGCAUACUUCGGCGCCAAGGAGCCCGAGCCGGCGCCGCCGUACCACAGCCCCGAGGACAGCCGGGACCACGGGGACCGCAGCGGCUGCAUCGUCAAGCUCAUCCGCUCCACCAGCUCCGUGGGCCACAGGAAUUUCGCCGCGCCCCCGGCCGCACCCCCCACCCAGUGCCCGCCCUCCACCUCCUGGCAGCAGCAGGGCCACGCCCGCCACGGCCACGGCACCUCGCCCGUGGGGGACCAUGGAGCGCUGGUGCGCAUCCCGCCGCCGCCCGCCCACGAGCGCUCGCUGUCGGCCUGCGGCGGGGGCCCCCGGGCCAGCGCGGAGUUCCUGCGGCACGAGGACACGCCGGCCGGCAGGCCCCACGAGGCCGCGCUGCGGGGCAGCGACACGUCCAUCUCCAUCCCCUCGGUGGACCACGAGGAGCUGGAGCGCUCCUUCAGCGGCUUCAGCAUCUCCCAGUCCAAAGAGAACCUGGACGCGCUCAACGGCGGCUACGCGGCGGCCGCGCCCUGCGCCAAGGUGCGGCCCUACAUCGCGGAGGGCGAGUCGGACACCGACUCGGACCUCUGCACCCCGUGCGGGCCGCCGCCACGCUCUGCCACCGGCGAGGGCCCCUUCGGCGACGUGGGCUGGGCCGGGCCCCGGAAGUGA